AUGGCGGCUCCUCGACGCAGAAAGAUUGGUCACAGAAGACGCAUCGAGGACGAGGACGACGGAGAAGGUGGACCCGACCAGCUCGAUCUCGAUGAUGACUCUCUGACCGAGGGUUCCAUCGUUAGCGAUGACCACGACCGCGGCAACGACAGCGAUACAAGCAAUAUCGACGAGGCUUCUCCCGUCACCCCCAACCCUCGGAAGGCAGCUGGAAAUGGAAAUGCGAAGCCUGCUGGCCGGAGCGCCUCAGCCGUGGGCCCACAGACGACCAGCAAGGCCGUGUCCGAUGCCGAUGAGAAGCUCUCGGGUCUAUCUAUCAGCGACCAGCCCGAGCCUGACCAACAGGGACAACUCGACGGCGCUGCAUCCCCGCCCAAGCCGUCUGCCCCUCUCGUCGUGAGCUCACACUCGUCACGCCCGACGGAGCCUGUCAAUGAACGUCGUCGUCGGGAACACGAAGAAUACAAGCGGAGAAGGGACGAGGACCCCGCCUUCGUCCCCAACAGAGGGGCCUUCUUCAUGCACGACCAUCGCCAUGCCGGACCCUCUGCCAACGGCUUCCGACCUUUUGGGAGAGGCCGAGGACGUGGCCGUGGCGGGGGCAUCGGGGUCCCUACGCACCGAUGA